GUGUGUAUCUGUUCAUCAAAAUUUGCUGCUGUCGUUCGGAAAUAAAAAUAUAUUUAACAACAAAGCUGGCCUAUCCGAGACAGCCAUCAUGGACGUAAUGUCAUCAUCUCUACAACAACAGCGCAUUGUCGUUGACCAGCUGCGUCGCGAGGCGUCGAUGGAACGGCAGACCAUUUCGGAGUCGUGCGCCAAAAUGAUGAAGUACAUCACGGAGCACGAGCAGGAGGAUUACCUUUUGACUGGAUUCACCAGCCAGAAGGUAAAUCCAUUCCGUGAAAAGUCUUCAUGCACCGUUCUUUAAGGAGGAGUUUGGAGUUGGCGAUAGAAGGCGGACUGCGGACGGAGCAGUUGACUUCUGCAUCAAUGUGCAGAUCGUAUAGUUUAUUUUUAGUUUAGCAAGAUGGAUUCUAAAUAUGUAUAUGUCUAAUAAUGACACCAGUACCAGUCAACGCCACCUGGAUCAAUAUAUCUCAAUAUAACUCUUUGUGCAAAAGCUAUAAUAACAACAAACAAAUUGUCUCAAGCAAUAUAUGCUAGAAUAUAUAAAGAUAUAUCAAUAUGUACCACUCACGUUAACAGUUGUAUUAGGUUAUACAAAGCCCACAGAAAGAUUCAAAAUUCAUAAUCGAAGCAUUUGUCCCAAAGAUAUAUCAGAGUUGUCUCUAUCCGAAUAGUAAAGCUGUUCAGGUACGCGAGUAUCCCAACUAACACGAAAAUCAAUGCGCUGACUAUAGCAUCUACAACAACUACUACUACAACUACCUAAACUACAAGUAUAAACCGAAACUCACACAUAUACUAUAUACCCUAUUAUCAACUAUUAUCGAUCCGACAUACAAAUUUAUCAAUAAACGUAAACCCAACAGAAGAUACAUA